UCUGGGAUCAAAUCUCAUUUGCUUCUCGCAUUGUAAAGACAACACCAAACAUAUUCUCUUCUUUUGGUCUACACUCUACACACAUUAAUAUCAAAUUCGGAUGUCAAAAUACAAAAAGAUAUACAGAUUUUCUGGUGACAAGAUUUCAAACAUGACAGAUGCAUUUUCCUCUGUUUCUUAAGCUUGUUAACGAUCAAGAGGUGUUGUUUAAGUACAUUGAAAGAAGGAAGAGGAGUUGAAGAAAGCAUAUAUGGCGCCUUGUACAUGGGGUUAUGUGUUGCCUUAUGCAGCUAUGGUAAUGGUGCAGUUCAUAGAUAUAGGUGCAGCAACUAUAAACAAAGCAGCCAUGUCGAAAGGAAUGAGCAGUUAUGUUUUAGUUGUCUACUCUAGUGCGCUUGCUACCAUUUUUCUCCUUCCUUGUUUCAUCUUACAAAAGAAGAUUUCACUUACUUUUUCAUUCCUUGGUGGACAAUUCCUUCUUGGCCUAAUUGGGAGUUCAAAUAUGUUAUUGGCAUAUACUGGCAUCAACUACAGCUCACCAACACUUGCUUCAGCUAUGGGAAACGUCAUUCCAAUCUUUACUUUCAUACUGGCAAUCAUUUUCAGGAUGGAAAAGCUGGAUUUGAGGAGGUCAAGCUGUCAAGCCAAAGUGUUAGGGACUAUUGUAUCAGUAUCUGGAGCAUUUAUAGUAAUUCUAUACAAGGGAUCAGCAAUCUUUUCACCAUCCAACUCUCCUGACCAGAACUUCAUGAUGACCUUGCAGCAGUCAAAGUGGGUCUUUGGAGGUCUUAUGCUUGCAAUGGCGAGCGUUUUGAAGGCAUCAUGGAAUAUUCUUCAGACAUCAAUUGUUAAGAACUGUCCAUCAAUGAUUACCGUACUCUUCUUCUACACCUUCUUUGUGACAAUUCAAUCCACAGUGUUCUCUCUAUUUUUGGAAGGGAAUCCAAAUGCUUGGGUACUUAGGCCUGACAUUGAGAUGAUCUCCAUUGUCUUCUCAGCUAUCUUCGGGAGUCUGUUCCAUAUUGGUGUUGAAACCUGGUGCUUGCACCAAAAGGGACCUAUCUUUGUAGCCAUGUUCAGGCCCUUGGGAGUUGCCAUUGCUGCAGUCAUGGUAGUUAUCUUCCUUGGCGACGCACUUCACCUUGGCAGUGUGAUUGGAUCUAUCAUUAUUGCAAUUGGAUUUUAUGCUAUGAUGUGGGCACAAGUCAAAGAAAGUAGCACCAGUGUUAUAGAUAAUGAAGUUCCAAGCUUGGCAUCCACUCAAAAGACCCCUCUUCUGCAAUGCAGAACCUCAGUAGAAGAUGUAUUUGGAGCAAAGAAGAAGAAAAGAAGUAAAAGAGGGACUGAAAGGCAAAAUCGGCAAAUCUGCCUGUGCAGAUCAGUCAACUUCGACAGACCACUGAGACCAGCUCAGAACGAUUCAGAGGAUGAUCUUUAUAUUGACGGAAAGCCUUGGAUGUCUAGUUUCCAGAUAUUUUUACGGCUCAUCAAUAUCAUUUUUCUAGAGGAAGUUAUGACCGAUUUAGUACAAGAAUGUCAUACUGCGCGCGAAUCUGAGGUUGGACGGGAAUUUAUGUUCCGAAUCCCAAAUCACACUGAGAAGCCCAAGGACGAUUUUGUGCUUCAUAUUACGACUUAUGAUGGACAAAUGGCAUGAUGUGAAUGGUUGGAAUAAGUCAUCAAGUUCAAGAGCCAAUAGGAAAACUCCACCUAAGCACGUGAACCCUAAUUCUUUUAGGUUUUGGAUUUCCUACACAACAAGAAAGAUGAAGGCAACCUCUAAGCAUAUAAAAGGGGAUCAUUCUGCAGCUUCUUUUCCUUUCUUCUCUUCUCUUCUCUCUUCCUCCCCUUCUUUGUUUUGUUUUCUUCUAUGUUUAACUAGUUUUUAUUAGUUAGGGGGCUGCUUGAAGCCCCAAAUCAUGAUUGUAAACUUAUUAUGACUUUCAAUUAGUUUUGUUUAUUUAUUGGAUGA